AAAAAAAAAAAAAAAGAAAAAGUUUUGGGUUUGUUGUGAGGAUUAAAAAAAAAAGGAAAAAAAAGAAAAAAAGAAGAAAAAGCCGGAAACUGAGGAAGGUUCCACACAGACGUGGUGGAUUCUGUCACGAAGAGUUUGACCAAAGGAAGAUGAGGAACCUACUGUGACAACCUUCAACGACGCUUCGGCUUUCGCAACCCUUCCGACAGACUCUCCAAUUAAAGGGCUUCAACUUCAGAUUUAACUGGACAGAAUAACCCAAAGAGCAGAACAUCCUUGCCAUAAGAAAAUCUGUUCUAACCUCUGUCACUCAACUAAAGUAGAAUUUAGCGCUGCUGCAAAGAAAUGAACUAAAAACCCAAUCUGAACCAGAUAGACAAUUGUCCGACUCAACUCACAACUAUUAUAAGAGACCCUUUUCAAGGGGUCUGUGUUCAGUUUCUCUGAGGAGGAAUUAGUUCCUCCUCUUCCUCCUAAAAUCUUCUCAACAACUUUCAUCCAUUUAGACAUGGACCUCCACAGAGCAGCGUUCAAGAUGGAGAGCUCCUCCUACUUGCCAAAUCCCCUGGCCUCCCCAGCCCUCAUGGUCCUGGCCUCCACUGCUGAAGCUUCUCGUGAUGUUUCUAUUCCUUGCCAGCAACCACGCCCAUUUGGUGUCCCAGUAUCUGUUGAGAAAGAUGUUCACUUGCCAUUUAACAAUGGUUCAUACACCUUUGCAUCAAUGUACCACCGUCAAGGUGCUGUCCCUCCAGGUUUCCCCAACAGGGACUUUCCUCCGUCCCUCCUCCACCUCCAUCAUCAGUUUGCUCCACCUAACCUGGACUGCUCACCAAUCAGCAUGCUGAAUCACAGUGGUGUUGGGGCCUUCAGACCCUUCGCUUCUCCUGAGGAUCGAGAUGGAGUACCAGGCGGGUAUCAGUCUGCUUUCACCCCAGCCAAGCGCCUCAAAGGCUGCCUAGAUGCAGAAGCUUCCCCCCACCUCCGUUACUCUGAUGCUGAGGGCAAAGAAUAUGACUUUGGUGGCGCCCAGAUCCCACCUGGGAGCUCACCCAGCAGCGCCUUGAAGGCCGUAGAGGACAGCGGAAAGAAGAUCUUUGCUGUCGCCGGCCUUCUUUCAGACCGAGAGACUUCCUCCAGCCCCGAGGACCGCAUUGAGCACUGUAAGAAGAAAAUGUCACUGUAUGACAGCCAAGCUCCAAUCUGCCCCAUCUGCCAAGUGUUGCUCAGGCCCGGCGAGCUACAAGAACACAUGGAAACAGAGAUAGAAAGGCUAGCCAACAUGUGCCUUAGCAGUAAGAUCCCUUCACCCAAACAUGGAGCAGUCACUCCAGGAACCCCCAAGUCGAUGCUGUUAUCAGUGCACAUCAAGCGUGAGGGAGAGUCGCCCGUGGUCUCACCGUUGUCGUCUGAUGACGCCCACCACUCGGACCGAUACCAGACAUUUUUACGAGUUCGCGCAAACAGACAAACACGGCUGAAUGCCCGUAUAGGGAAGAUGAAGAGGAGGAAGCCUGAGGAUGGGGGCCAGGUAUGUCCGCUGUGCAGUGCCCCAUUGGCUGGGAGCGAGGAGGAGAUGAGUAGACAUGUGGAACAAUGCCUCAUCCAGCGUGAGGGUGUGCUCGGUGAUGACGACUCUGCAGAUAUGGACGGUGACAGUGGGCGUGGCUUUGAGGAGUAUGAAUGGGCAGGACAGAAAAGGAUCAGAGCAACCGCGCUUCUGGAGGGUGGUUUCAGAGCCACCGGUUUUGCCACAUGUAAUAUUAAAGAGAGUGGGGCAGACAGCGAUGCCGACCUUGACGUAGAUGGAGACGACACAUUGGAGUAUGGUAAACCCCAAUACACUGAAGCUGACAUCAUCCCAUGCUCUGGAGCUGGAGAGGACCAAGGAGAAGCCAGAGAGCGAGAGGCACUCCGGGGAGCUGUGCUCAACGGAGGCAUGCCAUCGAACAGAAUAACGCCCGAGUUCUCCAAAUGGGGAAGUGAUGAGAUGCCUUCAACGAGCAAUGGUGAGAGCUGCAAGAUGGACCCAAGCACUCCCUCAUCCUCCACCCCUUCCUCCUCUUGCAUCCCACGCACCUGUAAAAACAGCGAGAUUGAAAAAGUAACAGAGGAUGAGUCCACAGCUACCACCAUGGAGGCUCUGAAGGCUCGAAUCAGAGAGCUGGAGAAGCAAAUACUGAGAGGAGAUCGAUACAAGUGUCUCAUCUGCAUGGACUCCUACGCGAUGCCACUCACCUCCAUACAGUGCUGGCAUGUCCACUGUGAAGAAUGUUGGCUCAGGACUCUGGGGAACAAGAAGCUGUGCCCUCAGUGCAACACCAUCACCUCACCCGGGGACCUGCGGCGUGUCUACUUGUAAAGAGCACGCCUCCGUCCAUCAGCCACCACUGUGGAUUUCAUUUCCAUUGUCAUUUUGCUUCCCCGCCCUUCAACUCUGUGGACCAGGUUGUUGGCGCCAAACCUUCCAAAAGAGAAAGUCAGGGGAGCUGAGCUGGCUUGAAUGAAUGACAUGAGCAGCGCUCAUUGACUGUUCCCGACCACCUUCCCACGAUAACAUGGGGAGACUGGACGUUCCCCCACUUCACUGACAUGAUUGAUUGGGUGUCAUCUAUUGAUGGACUUUUAGUCAGAGGACAUCCUGACACGUGAGUCACCCACAUUAGCCCUGCUGAGAACUUUUAGCUCAACUGGAGCUGGACUUGUUAGCAACUUCUGAACCACCCGACCUCCCAAGUCUCCAACCGUGUACCCUGGCUCUUUUCCAACAUCCCUUCUGCUCCACCCAUUUUUCUCGAUAAACUUCUACCCCUUUUCUUAAGGAAAAAUGUAUCCCCACAUUCAAGAUGCAACCCAAGCACGUCAUUUAGUUUGUGUAUGUUUACAAAGUUAGAUUUUAAACAAUUUGGCGUACAUACACAGUUAAAUACAUACAGUUUUCUUAGCAGACACACGAGUGUACAAUAUUUAAGUUGUUUUAGUAAGAAGAGUUUUGGGAAAAAAUGGCUGGAAUUAAAGAAGCCUUAUGUAUUUUCACAAACAAUAUUGUUAGAAAAUGCUCACUGUACAGGAAAAAAAAAGUAAAACUACUCAAGACUAAAUGGUCAAGAUUUAGGUGUACUGAAGAAUACCUAAUUGAGUGUAGCUCUAAAAAAGAAGCAAGUGACGAUCUUUUGUUUGUUUGAAUGGAUGGGAGAGAUUCCUAAGUCCCAAAACUUCAUGCCAAGCAAGCAGGGAAAUAGAACUGAGCUGCUGGUUUUUGCUCCAAAUACUCUCCUCCUCUUUUCACUUGGAAAUAGGUUCAGAUCCUAAAAUGAUACUCAACAAGGUAAUUUUCCAUCAUUCUUAUCCUGCUUUGCUGCAAUGGUCAAAAAAGGGCAACUUGAGGGUCCCAGACUUUUCUAGCGAAAUUAGAAAGUCUCUGGAAAAGAGGAAUGGCCCAUGCUGAACUGGCACCAACCUGCAGCUUACCCCCACCCCCUAUCCUUUGGCAGCAGCAGCCGAGGUGGUGGUGUGCUUUGUGUUUGUAAAACUAUGUAUUCUGUGGCGUCUGUAUUGUUGUUAAAAAUGCUGAAAAAAAGAAAAUAAAACAUUCUUAAAUAACA